AUUUCAAGAUGGCGAAUGACGACCAGACAAAGUUGGAAAGGGCUCAGGCUAUUGCCUCUAAUAACCCCCAAGAGGCUAUCCCGAUUCUGCACUCAUUGGUAAAACGAGAUGUUGCUGCUAGAGAUGAGGAGGGUCUUAAGAUUAAAGAACAAGCUAUAAUGGAAUUGAGUGCACUUCUUGCUAAAACGAAACAGGCAGAAGAACUUGCUGGGCUUCUAAAAUUCACUCGUCCAUUCCUUGCAUAUGUGAGUAAGGCUAAGGCUGCCAAACUUGUACGGGGCAUGGUUGACCUAUUUCUUGACAUGGAUGCUGCUACAGGAAAAGAGGUUGAAUUGUGUCAAGAAUGUAUAGAUUGGGCAAAAGAUGAGAAAAGGACAUUCCUCAGACAAGCCUUGGAGGCAAAACUGGUUGCUUUGUACUUUGAAACUUCACAAUACGAGAAUGCUUUGAACAUUGGAUCUACUCUGUUACGUGAGCUAAAGAAGCUAGAUGAUAAGGCCCUCCUUGUGGAAGUCCAACUGUUGGAGAGCAAAGUCUACCAUGCCUUAAGUAACCUGCCCAAAGCACGAGCUGCACUAACUUCAGGGAGAACUACUGCCAAUGGUAUAUAUUGCCCACCAAAACUCCAGGCAGCCUUGGAUCUACAAUCAGGUGUUUUGCAUGCAGCAGAAGAGAAAGACUUUAAGACAGCUUUCUCCUAUUUCUAUGAGGCCUUUGAAGGCUAUGAUUCAGUUGAUAGCCCUAAAGCAAUUCAGGCACUCAAGUAUAUGUUACUCAGCAAAAUUAUGUUGAACAAUGCUGAUGAGGUCCAACAGAUAGUAAGUGGUAAACUAGCACUCAAGUACGCUGGACCUGAAAUUGAGGCCCUGAAAAGCAUUGCUCAAGCCAGCAAUAAGAGGUCAUUGGCAGAUUUUCAAAAGACCCUGGCUUCAUACAAGUCUGAGCUUGUAGAUGACCCUAUUGUAAGAGCACAUCUGGAUUCCUUGUAUGAUAACCUACUGGAACAGAAUCUCUGUAGAAUCAUUGAACCAUUCUCUAAGGUGCAAGUCACACAUGUUGCAAACCUUAUCAAACUGAGCAUCGAAGUUGUUGAAAAGAAGUUAUCUCAGAUGAUUCUAGACAGAAAAUUCAGUGGUAUCUUGGACCAAGGACAGGGAGUCCUCAUCAUAUUUGAAGAAACACCCGAAGACAAAACAUACGGAAACUCAAUAGACAUUAUACACAGUAUGGGAAAAGUUGUGGACUCUUUAUAUAGCAAAGCCAAAAAACUAUCAUAAUCUGAGAAUUUGUUAUUUGAACAGUUAUUGAUUUGUCAAUAUUAUUACAUUUAUUACAAUGAGUAUGUGUAGAUAAUAGGAGAAUUUACUGGCAAAGAUGGCAUAUGUAACAGUUCCAAAAUAAAUUAGAACUAUUGGCAAAUGUGCUGCGCCAAAUUCUGCAUAUCGGCAUGGAGAAAUUUCAUAAGAAUUCCAUAUUUUUCUGCUCCAAAGGAAUGUCAGUUUAGUGACACCAUGGUUGUAGACAGUGCAUUUGAAGGGACUUACUCCUUGGAAAAAGCAUGCAUGAUACUAGGGGCCAGAAAUUCUAAAAUGACUACCAAUAUCACUGCUCCAAGUCAAGUAUGACAUUGUAAUAAAAAAAAUUAUAAGAUUAUUGCAUACUUUUUGAUUUUUGAAGAUGCCCUAUUCCAAUAAAAAAGGAAGAUGGGUGUGGCAG